CAGCGCGGAGUGGGGCUGGCAGCUUUUGCCCUGCUUGGGGGCGUCCCGCCGAACACGGUGCUGGAGGCGGCCUCAAGACUUCCUACGGAGCUUGUUUACCACUACCACUAAGUAGGACUUAGCUGAGCUUUCAUUGCUGAAUGGCCAGAGCCCCUUUCAUACUCACUUGUGCCCCUUAGAAAAGGGGGUGUGUACAGGCUGCGUUGUAUCUGUAGAGGAGUUACUGGUGCUUCCAAAUGGAGGGUGACGGACCAGUAAAAGUUACUGGAAAAAUCAGUGGCUUGGCUGAUGGAGAGCAUGGCUUCCAUGUCCAUGAAUUUGGUGACAAUACAAAUGGAUGUAUCAGUGCAGGUCCUCACUUCAAUCCUGAAGGCAAGCAGCAUGGUGGACCAAGUGAUGCAGAAAGGCACGUGGGAGACCUUGGCAAUGUGACUGCUAAAGGAGGAGUGGCAGAAGUGGCAAUAGAAGAUUCGGUCAUUUCUCUUAGCGGGCCACACUGCAUCAUUGGACGUACCAUGGUGGUCCAUGAAAAAUGCGAUGACCUGGGUAGAGGGGGAGAUAAUGAAAGCAAAUUAACUGGAAAUGCUGGUCCUCGUUUAGCUUGUGGUGUAAUUGGGAUAGCGAAGAGCUAAGUAUUGUACCUGAAAUGCUUAAAAUGACAGUGAAGAAUGGGCUGUAUUUCAUUGCAGAUGUUGCACUUGCUCUUCCUUGUGCAAACAAAAGAUUUGUCACUUAAUCUCAUUACUACUCUGCAUUCUGAGUAUCACUUCAACUGGUGAAGACUGACUUAAUUUUGUAUGAUGUAUAUUGCAAUUAAAGUGACCCUGAUGGAAUGUCUCUGUAGCCUUCUGCUAAAGCAUCUGUUGUAACCACUAAGUACAAAUUCACUGACUGGACUCCUGUGUAAUGGAAGAUGUGUAGUAGGUCAUACCCUGAACAGCAGAACUUCUAGUGUACACCAUGUGAUUUGGAGGAUUAGCCUUACAAGCUUUGGCAAGAUUACUCACCAAAGAGCAGUAGGCAACUGUAUGUAUCAGGGCUUCCUCCUGGCAAAGUUGCAGCACUUGUAGGUUUCAAACUUGUGUAAUAAACUUGCUGGGCAAAUGUCUUGGUCUUGCUGUCUAUAUCAGAAUAAACCUACC